AUGUGCACUGGUGCUGAAUCUCGAGGAAAUAUAAAUGGAGAUCCUAUGUUGUCAUCAACAAAGGUUGUUGGAAGAGAUUACAAUGAAGAGAGAAUAAUGAGAACAAGAGAAGGUGGAAAUAAUGAAGUAGCUUCCAACAAUGGCUUAUUAGCAUUCAUUCAUGACCUUCUUUGCCGUUUCCAUAAUCAUCUCUUUGCUCUUCUCCCCAAUCUUUCUCUCUCCGAGGGUUUUGAUUCAAGUGUGAAAUGCAAUUACCUGCAGGUGAAAGAAGAGUUGAAAUCAAUUGGUAAGAUUUCAUGCCCAAUAAUAAUGACUAGCCUUAUGAUGUAUUCAAGAUCUGCAAUCUCUUUGUUGUUCUUGGGUCGCCAAGGAAAAGUGGAGUUAGCCGGAGGAUCUUUAGCACUUGGAUUUGCAAACAUAACCGCGAAUUCAGUUCUAAAGGGCCUCACUAUGGGAAUGGACCCAAUUUGUUGUCAAGCAUAUGGAGCUAAAAGAUAUUCACUUCUAAGUCAAACAUUUUUUAGGGCAACAUGUCUCCUUUUAGUUGUUGCCAUGCCAAUUUCAAUUCUGUGGCUAAAUAUGGGACCCCUCCUUCAAUUACUAGGUCAAGAUCCACAAGUCACAAAAGUCGCACAAGUUUACAUGCUUUUUUCAAUUCCUGAACUCCUAGCACAAGCACACCUUAAUCCAUUGAGAACUUUUCUUAGGACACAAGGUUUAACCACACCAAUAACCGUCAUUGCUUCUUUUGCGGCGGUUUUGCACCUACCAAUCAAUUAUUUCUUGACUAUACACUUGAACUUAGGAGUCAAGGGAGUUGCCCUAGCCACCGGAUUGAAUUCCAUUAACAUGAUACUUGGAAUGUUGCUCUAUCUUAUCUUCUCGGAUAAACCCUUGAAGCCUUGGCAAGAAGCUUCGGUUUCCACAGCAUUUCGCGGGUGGAAACCGUUGCUAAGCUUGGCCGUGCCGAGUUGCAUUUCGGUUUGCCUGGAGUGGUGGUGGUAUGAAAUCAUGCUCUUUCUUUGUGGCCUAUUGAGUAAUCCACAAGCCACGGUAGCAACAAUGGGAAUUCUAAUUCAAACACUUGCAUUACUCUAUGUGUUUCCAUUUUCACUAAGCAUUGCAUUGACAACAAGAAUUGGUCACUUAUUAGGUGCAAUUCAACCCAACAAAGCUAAGAAUAGUGCCAUAAUUGGUUUCACUAUAGCAAUUAUUUCAAGCAUCAUAGCAUUCAUUUUCUUAAUGUUUGUGAGAAGAAAUUGGGGUAAGCUCUUCACUGAUGAGACACAAAUCAUUGAUAUGGUAAUAAAUGUGCUUCCAAUAUUAGGGUUGUGUGAGAUUUGCAAUUGGCCUCAAACAGUUUCAUGUGGGAUAUUAUCCGGUACGGCACGCCCUUACUUAGGUGCUAGGAUUAAUUUGUGUGCAUUCUACUUAAUUGGUUUGCCUGUGGCUAUUUUUGCAACAUUUGUGCACAAAUUUGAAUUGGUGGGACUAUGGUUUGGAAUGUUAGCAGCACAAAUUUCAUGUCUUUGUAUGAUGAUAUACACAUUGGUAAGAACAGAUUGGAGUCACCAAACUAAGAGGGCAGUGGAGUUAUCAUCUCAAAUAACUACUACUGAAGAGGAGAUAAGUAUUAGUGUAAAUGAUGAGGAAAGUGGGUUACUUAAUUCUGAUCUAUGA